GAACCCAUAAACCCCAUCUCGCCACUCUCCUCAGUGACCCAUGAUCACUCCGCUUUAGUGCUUCAUACAUUUGAAAGAUGAAUGCCAAAAUUAUGGUGGACAAUACACUCAAUCAAAUUCUACGAGUUCUGAAACCCUCACUCGAGGAUUGGGAAACACGACUGAGGAUCCUUCAGUAUUUACAAGGAGCUGUUGAAUCUGUAGAGGGUUUAAGAGGAGCAAUUGUGGAGCCAUUUGGAUCAUUCGUGUCUAAUCUGUAUGCUUGCUGGGGAGACUUGGAUAUUUCAAUCGAGUUUUCCAAAGGCUCGUAUAUUUCAGAAUAUGGGAAAAAGCACAAAGAACAAUUACUAGGAGUUGUAAUGAGAGCUAUGAAACAGAGUGGUGGAUGGAAAAGGUUUCAAUUUAUACCCACUGCCAGAGUUCCCCUUUUAAAGGUCGAAAGUUAUCUCCAAAAUAUCUCUUGUGAUAUAUCAAUCAAUAAUCUGAAGGGACAAAUGAAAUCCAAACUCUUGUUUUGUAUUGGUGAGAUAGAUGGGCGCUUCCGUGAUAUGGUUUUACUGGUAAAGGAAUGGGCAAAAUCACAACAUAUGAAUAAUCCGAGAUUGGGGUCUUUCAAUUCAUACGCCCUCACUUUGCUUGUGGUCUUCCACUUUCAGACAUGUACACCUGCAAUUUUGCCACCUCUUAAAGAUAUAUAUCCAGGGAAUCUCACGGAUGAUCUUCAAGGCUUGAGGGCAGAUGCAGAAAAACGUAUUGAAGAGACAUGUGUUGCUAACGUAACAAGGUUUAAAUCAGACAAAUUUGGAGCAGUAAACACAAGUUCAUUGUCACAGCUUUUCAUUUCAUUUCUUGAGAAGUUUUCGGACCUUGUUUUGAAAACAAGAAAGUCAGGGAUUUGCCCAUAUACCGGACAGUGGGAAGACAUAGCAAGCAAUAUGACAUGGUUGCCCCAAACAUAUACCAUAAUGAUUGAAGAUCCCUUUGAUCAGCCAGAAAACUGUUCAAGGGCUGUUAGCAUGGGAGAAUUGACAAAGAUAUCUGAAGCUUGUAAGAUGAGCAGCCACAUACUCAUGUCAGCUAAUCAGAGUGACAUUCUUGCCACACUAGUCCGACCCCUAACCUACCGUCUAGUGGCAGGAACACCUCACUACCCGUUUGAGCAUCACCACACAGCUUAUCCACAACGUUUCAUGACUGAGAGUCCACAUUCAAGAACACCUAGGGGCAAUUAUGCCAGGCAACCACAUCGUCCUCAGGUGCAUAAAUGGGCACAGAAACCCUCACAAGUGCAGCCUCACUUUCAGAAGAUGGAGCCAGAAAAACAUCCUGACAAGUCCACCUUUCAAGAGAUGAAGCCAGAAAACCAUCCCAACAGGUCCACCAAUGAAAACUCAACUCUAGAGACAUCUCAGGACUGUGCAUGCGGAAUGUGUAUGCUUGGGGAGUACAUUCAGUAGGCUCAUCUCCAAGGUCCCAUGAUUGGAUUCAUAUAUGCUCGAUAAAAAGUAUACAUUAUGUAGGAUUCAGGAACAGUCUGUAGGCACGUUAUGUUUAGAUAUCAGUUAGUCUUGUGUGGCAUCAAUAUCUCUGAGCUGAACUGGAUUUGCGUAGAUUUUGAUUGCCAUGCGCCCCCAAAUGUGACCUGAACCUUAAAGUUGAAGAAAAGGUAUCUACUAUUU